AUGCCAGGGUACGCUAUCCCACCACCACCACCCAUGUGCUACUUCUCUGGUGAGAGCAUUCAUGAGGAUCCAGUCUUGUUCCUUGAAGAGUUCCACAGGAGUGCUACAACAAGAAACAGCUUGAGUGACAAGUUAAAGUAUCAGCUUCUGGAUCAUCAUCUCAAGGGAGAAGUGUUGGACUGGUUUCGCAAGGAGGGCAAGAAGGAUCUUCCGUUUGAUGAUGGCACAUUAAAUUGUUUUGUACAAAGGUUCUUAUCAAGGUUCCUCACUGAAGAAAGGAGAAACCAAAUGUAG